ACCUCUCUACUGGUUUGACUGGUCUAAAGAAAAGUGACUUACCCGCACAGGUAAGCUACCUGUCGGCUCCACGUGACGUUGUUUCCAUCCGCUGAGUUUUGAGGAAACCGGCAAAUUUCUUCAUCUCACUUCAGGAAACAUCUCUCCUUCAGUCUCUGAGGAUCUUCGGGUGACAUGGAUAAAUUAAAGUCUGUGUUAAGCGGUGAGGAGGCGCGCAAAGAUGACAGAACCAUUCUACAGACGGUGAAUGAGGCCUCCACACUGAGCUGGGGGACCCGUCUGAAGGGGUUCGUCGCCUGCUUUGUGAUUGGGGGCACAUGCACAAUCCUGGGAGUGUGUUUGCUCUUCAUCCCCAGGAUUGGAAUCACCCUCUUCAUCAUUUUUUACACCUUUGGGAACAUUUGUACACUCGGCAGCACCAUGUUUCUGAUGGGCCCAAUGAAGCAGCUGAAAAGGAUGUGUGACAAAACAAGAGCGCUGGCCACAACAAUUAUGAUUACCUGCCUUGUGUUGACUCUCUGUGCAGCUUUCUGGUGGAAGAACUUUGGACUCGCCCUUUUAUUUGUCAUCUUGCAAGUUUUAUCAUUUACCUGGUACAGUCUGUCGUACAUCCCGUGUGUGAGGGAGGCUCUACUGAAGAUGGUGUCGAUGUGCAUAAAGUGAACUCUGGGCGACUCCGGCUGGAUGAAGAGGAUUUUAGAAAAGAGGGGCUCGUUUGCAGAAAUGAGAGAAAUGUUGAUUUUACUCUUUAUGAUUCUUUCAUUGAGCUGAUUGAUUUAUUUCGUAUGUAUUGAUUACUGAUACCAAUUUUAAUAAGUGGGCUUGGUUUCUAAUAUAUGUAAAUACUUGUAAUAAAUGGAGGUUUUAAUUAUUUUGUAAAAGAACACAUGCUGCGUCAUUAUUUUAAAAGAAGGAGGAGAGAGGGGAGUAAAUGGAAGAGCAGCAUCAGAGAGCUUUAAAUCAAUGCUGAGUGUAUUUAAUCAUGUCCUUUUGAAACGUGUUGCUGGCAUUACGUUUAAAAUUAGCAUUUUUCACACCUUUUUUUUCAGUUUCCUCAUUUCAUAUGUUGUUGUUGCACAUUUUUGAAUGAAAGAUAGGGUUUGAAUGAUUAAACAAUAACAUAACAAUA